UCAAACGAAACACAGAACAACUCGAGGAGCUCUCAGUGCUCGCAGAACAAUUCCUUCUUACUGCUGUAUUUUUUCACCUCCUUUUUACCUUUAAUCAAUCCGGCAUGUCUCUUGCAGUGGCAAUUUUGUUGUUUUGCGCCGUCGGUUCAUGGGCCGAAGAUUUAGCUGCCGAAGAGCAGUACAGGCCAGCUUACAGACCAGAACAUGCGGCCUACAAGACGCCAUAUUCAGAGCCACAAUAUUCUUCGCACAGCAAACCGGCCUAUCCAUCAUACUCAUCUUACCCAGCCUACCCCAAGUAUUGUGAUCCUAAAGCCGCUCCCAAAUGCGCUGAGAAUUCCACUGGUCAUUGGUGUUUGACAGAUGAGGAAUACCCCGUCUACGAAGUCAAUUACGCCAUCGAGUACGAUCCUUUAGUCUUGAAGAAAUACGCCGAAGUUGCCGAUCAGUCCGCCAACAACUUGGUCGAUGGUGUAGGCAAAGAACAAGAAGAGAAAUUCGAUUACUCUUUCUACAAAGGAAAGCAGUUCGAUCAGGGCAACUGGGUUGGUGGUGAAGGUUUCAUCUGCCCCAGCUCCGUCGCUUAUUCUCGUCCUCUUCGUGCUAAGAACACUGCCGGUGAAUGGCGUGUCAUCGUCCAGGACGUUGCCUGGCCCACCUACACCCAAACCCAACGGACUGAGACUUGCUUGUUCCCAGAAGCCGCUUGCCGCACGUUGGCCCCUUGCCAUUUCAGCAAAUGCCUGCAGAAGCACACCGUCCAUCGUAUGCUUUCCUUCGAUCCUUGCGAUGCUCGCAGAGGUGUCUUCAUCGAUACCUACAAGCUUCCGUCAGCAUGCUCUUGCCACAUCCCCGGCAAGGUUUAGACCUACAGUCAGGACCAGCAAUAUGACUCUUCGAUUUGACUCCUACUCCCCACAUGCUCAAAUAUCAUCGAAAAUCACAAAUCCUGACGGUGUUCUGAUAAAAUGCGACUGCUAAUUGUCAACCAUCUGCACAUUAGGUUUGUAUGGUACCAUUUUCUGGAUUUGUCCCUCAUUGGGUCUGCUAGGCCAAUGUGUUUUCUUCAGUUUCAACAACGUGACUGCGAAUUCUGGAAGUUUUUGUAGAACAAUUGAAUACGUAUUUAAAAAACAUAGAAUUUUUAUCAUCCACGAAUCGGUGCAUGUUGCUUGGAACUCAAGAAUCAAAUAAAACAAAUGGGGGAAGAGA